CAGGCAGUUUCUGGGUCAGACCAGUUUACCAUCCAUCGCAGUGGCUCCCGUUUUCUCCAGAUGGUUAUCACCAAGAGGCUCCAAAAAGGCUAUUUCUCUGCUUACUCAGUCCCUCUGGUGUCUGGUGGUGUUGCCAACAGGCAAGGUUAAAAUGAACUGGUCAUCUCGGAGCCAUGGAACCAGGACUUAAACAGGCCCCCUAUUUUCGUUGUGAAAAGGGACUCGAUUGGGUCCCUGUGUGCCAGAAGUGUGAAACCUGUGUCUUAGCGUGGAAGAUCUUUGCUACCAAAGAGUGGUUCCGGAGAGUCAACGACAUAUCCCAGAGGAGGUUUCUAGUCAGCAUCCUGGGGCAGCUAAAUAGCCUGUAUUUGUUAUACUAUUUCCAGAAUAUUCUACAGGCCACGCAGGGGAAGGACUUCGUCUACAGCAGGUCUCGGAUCAAACUCAACAGUAAGGAGGGAAAGGAGGAGAAGGUUGUGAAGUCAUCCUUGAACCAGAUGCUGGAUAAAACCGUGGAUCAGAAGAUGAAGGAGAUUCUGUACUGGUUUGGCAGCAGCACCCACCGGACUAAGGCAAAUUACACCCUCUUGCUGCUGCAGAUGUGUGACUCAAAGUUGCUGCUCACUGCUGCGGAUGUGAUCAGGGUCCUGUUCAUGAAGGAGUGGAACAGUAUCUCAGGCCUCUGUCAAGACGCCAAAGAUGUAAUGUUUUUCCCUGAGAAAAGCUACGACCCCAUAUCUGACACCUCAUAUGUCCACUGGAGAGCUAGACCCAGACCCGUGUCCUUCCCAAUGUCCAGAGCGUCAGCCAAUAGAGUCAGGUCUGAAAAUGUGAGCAGAGAAGGAACUGCUACUGAGGAAAAAGGGAAGAGUUCUCUCCAGUGUAUCUCUGACAUGAAUAAACAGUUAUCUGGAAAAGCGGGCAUUUCCAGGCUGGGAGAUGAUCCUUGCAACCUGCUGCUGAGCCUGGAUCACGUCCGACUCCUGUCUUCUGGGUUCAGCAAACAUCGGGACUUUAUACGUGACCUGCCCCUUCACCUCUCCAAGUACAUUCUAAGAAUGCUGGAUAAGACCAGUCUGAACAAGUGUUACUUGGUGAGCCAGCACUGGGCCGCUCUGACCCUGCAGGUCAAGGUGGAUCUAUCCAUGCAACCCUUCAUUCAGAACCAGAUUUCUGUCCUGCAGGGGUCCUACACGAGGGGAAUAGAUCCCAAUUAUGCCAACAAAGUCUCUAUCCCAGUCCCUAAAAUAGCAGAUGAUGGGAAGCGGUCGCGGUCAAAAAAUCAGAAGUGGAAACUGAGAACCAAGAAUGAAUACAACUUGUUUACCGCGUACCAGAACCAGGAAACUCAUCUGGUGCAGAUGGAGGAGAGGAAUGUUUUCUGUGGCACUUACAACAUCCGCAUUCUGUCUGACACGUGGGACCAAAACAGAAUCAUCCACUACGGUGGAGGAGAUCUGGUAGCUGUGUCAUUCAACCGGAAGAUCCACCUCCUGGACAUCAUGCAGGUCAAGGAGAUGCCCACCGAAUUGCGAGGCCAUGCUGGCAGUGUCAGGGCUCUCUUCCUGUCCGAGGAUGAUAACAUUCUCAUAAGUGGAAGCUACGACCUGAGCAUCAGAUACUGGGAUGUGAAAACUGGGGUUUGCGUACGAAUCUUCUAUGGCCACCAGGGGACAAUCACUUGCCUGGAUUUAUAUAAGAACAGGCUUGUAUCUGGAGCAAAAGAUGGACAUGUGAAAGAAUGGGACAUAGACACGGGAAAGUGCCUGAAGACGUUUAAACACAAAGAUCCCAUCUUGGCUGCCAAGAUCAGUGAGGCCUACAUUGUGAGUAGCUGUGAGCGAGGCAUAGUCAAGGUGUGGCAUCUUGUCACAGCUCAGCUGUUUAAGACUCUCACUGGGCACGAGGGAGCCGUGAAGUGCCUGUUCUUUAACCAAUGGCAUCUCGUGUCUGGAGGUGCUGAUGGCCUGGUCAUGGGCUGGAGCAUGGUGGGAAAGUAUGAGCGGUGUCUGAUGGCCUUCAAGCAUCCUAAGGAGGUGCUGCAGGUGUCUCUCCUCUACCUCCGGGUCAUCAGUGCCUGUGGAGAUGGCAAGAUCCGAAUUUAUAAUUUCCUCAACGGGAACUGUCUGAAGGUGAUAAAAGUCGAUGCCAGAGGUGACCCUGUGCUCUCCUUCUUUUAUCAGGGCAACAGGAUGGUGGUCCAGACGGACAGCAACAUUCUCUUGUUCCAGUUUGAGAACGUAAAGUGGCAGUACAGCACAGACAGAAGCAAACCGAAGAAGAGUAAGGAUAAGGAUGAGGAAAGGGAGGAAGGCAGCCUUGGGGAUGUGUCUUCCAAGCCUAGCAUUAGUAAACAGGACUUCUCACCGAGCAAACCUCUCAAGUCCCGAGCUCUUCUGAAGCUAAAAAAGCAGCAGUCUUCAGAGCUAUAUGAACAAGGAAAAUCAAACUCACCUCAGAGGGAUGCAAAAGAUGUGGAAAGUCCUGUACAGGAAAUCAACCGUCUAACAAAAAAGUUCUGGAACGUCCCCAUGACACCUGAUCGAUUCCUUCUGACUGUCAAUGCUUUGCAACAAACCCAUAAUUCUGAAGAAUUUGCCUAUCCCCACAGGCCCAAAACUCAAGUCAUUGAUGCCUGGGGACCUUCAAUUCUAUAUCCAAGGAAAGUCCUGUCUUUGAAAGGGAAAUCAGCUCAACACGCAGUUGAUCAGCUGCGAUCCAGCAAUAUUCCUAUAGAUGUGAAACAAACCAAUAUCCCCCUUGAAAUCCAGAAACUGCAGCCCAACUUGAAAAAAUCCUUGCACAGUCCCAGAGUCCAGUCCACCCUCCCCAAGCCCAUACUUGUCCGUCCCAAGGUCUCUGACAGCUUAAGGGUUGAAGAACAACUGACCAGCUCAAUCGAUGGGGCACUACGCCGCACAGGGCCCCUGACCAGCAUGCAGGUCAUUAAACCAAACCGAAUGCUCGCCCCUCGAGGCGGCACAGCCACCCUGUCUCUCAAGAAGGAACGGCCACGCUUCUAUACAACCCUUGAUCCCCUCAGAAUGAAUGCCGGGUUCAUGCUGUUGACUGUGAAGGAGGAGAAAGAGUAUGGGGAAGCCAAGAUGAAGGAAUAUCAAGCCAGUGAAUCCACUAAAGUAGUCGACCCAGGAAAAGCCAGCAAAGCUGCGUGGAUUCGGAAGAUCAAAGGUCUGCCUAUUGAUAAUUUCAUGAAGCAAGGGAAAACAGCGGCCCCCGAACUUGGACAAAAUGUGUUUAUCUAAACCAGGCUUGGGAAAUCACCAUUACAACACACAGAAAGCC